GUCCAGCUGCAGAGGAUCAGAGAUAAAAACAGUGUGAGGAGGAGAGCGUCUGUUUUUAUAGAACAUCUUUGAAGUCUGACCUCAGAUGGAAACACUCACAGAGCCUCUACUCUUUUAAAAACACUAGAAGAAGAGUUCACAUGGGAACUAAACUGAUAACAUCAGGCGUGUUUGAUAUGUUAGCUAUUCCUGCCUAGCAUAGAACAGGCUAGCAGUUUCCCUCUGUUUCCAUUGUUUGUGCUAAGCUAGGCUAACGACCUCCAGCUGUCUCUGAGUUCUGUUUGUUUCAGACGCUGAUCUGAAGGUGUGUCUGUGUCCCCCCCUCUUCAGGUCCAGGUCCGGUCUGAGUCGCCCCCCCGUCGGCGUAGGGUCGUGGUUCUGACGGGUCGUCACUCGAGCUCUGACACCGAGAUCCAGCUGUACCAACGAGUCCUGCAGCAGCUCGACUACCAGGUCCAGAGAUCACGCUACGCCGAGACGAGCAGCUCGCUACGACUAAACACCGGUGUGGGUGGGUGGAGCCUGUUACUGUGUCUCAGCUCCGCAGAGAGCAGCUGUCUGAGGAGGAUCUCCUUCUCUCGCCUGCAGCUCCAUCAGACGGUGAACCUGCUUCCUGAGCUGAUGGAGGCGUUCUCCGAUGCAGGGGCAGGCCUCUGUCACUUCCUCGCUCGCUCGUACCUGACAGGGUCAGAAUUACCCAUGAGGCCUCACUCCUGUGGACUGACCAAUCAGAAGCUGCAGGUUCCUCAGGAGGUUGUGGACAGUGACUCACCUGUCGAAGCCCCACCUCCUGCUCUGGUUGCCAUGGUGAAUGUUUACGUCCUGGUGACAUCAGUGAACCCGCUCAUUUCCUUCAUGCAUGCCAUCAGCGUUGUGAUGACCAAUCAGGAGCAGAGGGGGCGGGCCUUAAAGCUCAGCGACUUCCUGCUGCAGCAGUUAGGACCAAACACUUCCCAUGAUGCUUUGGGGCAGGUGAAGAGGGUGAUAGGUGAGGUGCUGCAGGCGGCCCUGUCGACCAAUCAGGAGAAAGAAACACUCAACAGGUGUGUGUUGUGCUACCAGCUGAUGACCUUCACUCUGCAGUUCAGCGGCUCGGUCACACCUGUCGUGGUCCAGGUAGACGUUGAUCUGAAUGUUUCUUCUCUGAGUGAUGACACCUUUGACAGACAGAUCACCAAAGACCUGAUCCUGGAGGACACACUGCACUUCCUGCUGUCCUCACACACACACCUGUCCUCAGAGACGCAGACAGAAGGGAGACAGUACGGUGGCUGCAGAGGGACACUGGGCGUCUGUUUGACAGAAGAAGAGUUUCUUCUUCUUCUACAGUUUCAGCAGCAGAUUAAAACACCCUCAGCUUUUCGCCUGCUGUACCCCAGCCUCUCCUCCACCUCCUCCUCCUCCUCUUCCUCCUCCUCCUCCUCUUCCUCCUCCUCCUCCUCUUCCUCCUCCUCCCCGCCUCCUCCUCUCAGCGUCUCAGAUCUUCUGAUAAGUAUCGUUCGACUCUACGAGCUCCAGAGAAAUCAAAGCCUCGGAACUGAUGAGGCAGAAAAUCCGACCAAUCAGGAGUCAGCUCUGUCGAUUUCGCAGGAUGAAGGCUCCUGUGUGGACCCUCACCUGAGACAGAUCUACACGGACCCGCCCCUCACUCUGACUCCGCCCUUUAACCCCACCUUGAAGGAGUAUCGUGCCGAGGUGACCUUUGACACAGUGACCGUUAGAAUCCGUCCUGAGCCCGUCAGCUCUGCGUGUCGGGUCCACCUUGAUGAGCACGGAGGGCCCAGGAUGGCGAACUACCCGGUCGGCCUCGGCAACAGCCGGAUCAGCAUCCUGGUGACAGACGAUGCUGAGACGGAGCCCGUCGUCAUGACGAUCUACACCGUGCAUGUGUACCGUGAAAGCCAGCCCAGUCUGCCCAUGUUCGGAGAUCAUGUGACCUGCAGCUUCCUGCAGGUAGGUUAGCUGCUCUGCUAUUGGCUUGAUAGCAUAGCACACCUGUAAGUCAUAGUACCUGUGAUAUUACUGGAAGCUAAAAACAGGAUUUAAAUAAAAUAUUCAACAGUUGACUCCUCCCAGGAUCUUUGAGAACAACCUCACGUUGUACAAGACGAUGAUUAGGUCACCAUGGUAUCUACCUGUGAAUCUCAGGUAGCCCCGCCCUCCAUACUAUCAGACAUGUCUGAAGGUUUGUUUGAAUCUGCAGCAUAAGAGUGAUCCUGUCAGGUUCUUCUUCGUUGGUGCUGAAUGCGUUCUCUGUCUGAUAUUGCCCUCCUCACCUGUGCUCUGACACACCUGUGGGCCUCACUCCCUCUCAGGUGGAUGAAGGGCGGGGGGUUCGGUCAUGCUGUGGGGCCCCUGGUGUGGGGUCCCUGGUGAACAGAAGGGUUCAUUGAUACUCAGGGUGGGGUCUGCUCUUUGAAGUUUGUCCAUGGGAAGAUUAAAGACAGAGGACAGGUAGAAACACACACAGGUGUUCUGCAGCGACGGUGUGCCUGCUACUUUCAUGAGGUAACACAACUUUAUAUUUAUAUAGUAAACAAAAAGAUAAUUAAACCUCAGAGUUUUCUGUGACAUAAAAAUGUGAUUAAUAAUAGAGAAUUUAUGAUUUGACGAUGAUU